CCGAUCGCGACGUUCAAGAAAAAUGAGCAUGGGACGAUCAUCGGGUGUAAUAUCAUGAGCUUGCAGAGAGGCUUCUUGAAUACCUUCAUCGACCGCAAUUUGCAAACAUCCUUAAACUUGAACGAUCUGAAACUCGAGCGGGAUUACACCGAUAUCGCUUUCGAGGACGCUGUGUCACUGAUUUGCGCGACAGAGGGCGGCAAGAUUUUGACCAAGAAGAAUCGCUUUGAUAGUCCGGAAGACUACGUGAUCACUCCAGACAAUUUGUUGAAGUUGAUGACAAUCCAGCAGCGCCUUAAAUACGGCCUGCCGAUCAUCCUUAUGGGAGAAACUGGAUGUGGUAAAACGGCCCUCGUCACUUUCCUUGCGAGCGUUCUCGACGUCAAGCUCAUGGUUCUCAACGUGCACGGAGGCAUAACAGAUCAGGCGGUUAUAGACUUCAUGGACGGAGUAUUAGGCGCGGCUCAUGGAGAAAGUCGCGUGCUUGUCUUCUUCGACGAGAUAAACGCGGCAAAUUGCAUGGCGCUCUUCAAAACGAUCAUUAUCGACCGCGUGUACGGCAACCAGCACAUUCCGCCCAACAUCCGCAUCAUCUCCUGCUGCAAUCCCUACAGGAUGCGGAAGUCCAGCGAGCUUGAGGAGGUGGGCUUGGUUUUCCAACAUCACGCUGGCGUCGGUGAGGGGCCAGGCCUUGCGGAUCCCAUGAGGCACCUGGUCUACCGCGUUCACCCACUGCCAGAGAGCCUCAUCGAUGUCGUGAGUGACUUCGGGGCUCUGUCGGAGAAAUCCGAGGACCUCUACGUGAACGCCAUCCUGAGGAAGGAGCUCCUCCACUCUGGCGGAGGGGCUGAUAGCCUUGCUGACUACGACGUGUUCAUCUCGAUGGUCAAGAAGCUCCUGUGCGAUUCGCAGUCCUUUGUCCGAGAGGUCAACGGUGGCGAGCGCAGCGUGGUGUCGAUGCGCGACGUGGCGCGAGCCGCUCGUGUGUUCAAGUGGUUCCUGGCCCACUACUCCAGGCUGCGCGGCACCGCGCCGGCCGCGGUCGGCACCAGCGCCGGCGGCCCCGUGCACAUCUCCGUGGCGCCCACGACGAAGGCGCACCUGCGCAAGGCGGUGAUCCUGACUCUCGGGUACUGCUACCACUCCCGCUUGGACCACGACCAGCGCUCGCGCUACCGGCAGCGCAUUUGCGACUCUUGGAAGUCCCUGGCCGCCUUCCAUGCAGGUGGGUUGUGGCUGGACCUGAGCACCCCGAGCGACCUCCAGGCCAAGAUGGUGGAGACGCAGCACGAGUUCGUCUCGCAGAUGGAGCUGGGCGAGGGCAUUGCCCUGAACGAGGCCCUGAGAGAGAACCUGUUCAUGCUGCUGGUCAGCGUCAUGAACCAGAUCCCCAUCCUGCUGAUCGGGAAGCCAGGGUGCUCGAAGAGCCUGGCAAUGGGGAUCCUGCAGAGCAAUCUCAACGGCCAGGUGUCAAGCAAGGAAUUCUUCAAGUCCAUGCCCGCCGUUGACGUUUUCCCGUACCAGUGUUCUCCGCUGUCCACCCCAGAAGCCAUAUUGGGAGCUUUCGAGUCGGCGCGGCAGUCCAACCUAGGCCACAAGAGCACCAUCGUGUGCGUGCUGUUGGACGAGGUGGGGCUGGCGGAGGAGUCCCCGCACCUGCCCCUGAAGGUGCUGCACCGCGAGCUCGAGGACCUGCAGGGCAUUGCCUGCGUGGGCAUCUCGAACUGGUCCCUGGACGCGGCCAAGAUGAGCCGUUUCGUGACGCUCUACCGCCCGCCCGCCACCGUGGAGGACCUGCGGGUCACGGCCGAGGGCAUGGUGGCCUCCGCCAACUUGCGGGGCUACUUGAAGGCACUCUCCGAGGCGUUCUUCGACGUGUACAGGACCCAGGGGCGCCCCGACUUCUGGGGCAUGCGCGAGUUCUACAGCACCGUGCGGGUCGUCCACGCGGAGCUCCGGGACCGCGCCGCCCGCGGCGGCGAGGCGGCCCUGGAGCCGCAGGUGCUGCUGCGGACGGUGCAGCGGAACUUCGGCGGCCGGCCGGCCUCCGAGCUCGACGCCUGCGUCCGCAAGUUCUUCGGGCACACGGGCAUGUCGGAGCGGCACGUCCCGCGCUUCACGACCCUGGAGCUCGUGGGCCAGAACCUGCGGGAGCCCGAGGCUCGCCACCUCAUGCUGCUGACCAAGAACAACGCCGCGCUCCGCAUGCUGUUCGACAGCCGCCUGUGCGAUCACAGCAGGUCGGAAGUGAUGUUCGGUAGCACUUUCCCUGACGAUCAGAGCGACGUGGUGGUGGCUAUGAAUCUACAGAAGAUCAAGACGUUCAUGAUGCAGCCAAUAUCGCUGGUGCUGGUACACUGCGACCUGUUGUAUGAAUCACUCUACGACCUCCUGAACCAGCAUUACAUGGAGUACGCGGGCCAGCGGUACGUGCGGAUCGCGCACGGAUCAAAGGCGAAGCAAUGCCCUAUUCACCAUCUUUUCCGCGUGGUCGUGAUCACUGAAAUCAGCGAUGCAUACUUCAGGCUGGCGCCACCCCUGCUGAACCGGUUCGAGAAGCAGAUCUUCGUCCGCAGGGACCUGAUGACGAAGCCGGAUGAGGCUUUGCUGAGCCAGCUCCAGAGGUUCUGGGAGCUGCUGGCCUCCGCCGUGCUCGAGAGUGCCGGGGGGGCUGCCGCUGGGGAGGAGCAGCCCAGCGAGGCCGCGGAGGCCGGCGGGGGCCAGGUCUGCGUCGUGGUGGGCCACCACCGUGAGCUGCUGAGCUCGCUGGUCUUCGCGCUCAAGCGCGGCAGCUCGGGCAGCGAGCGAAGCAUAGACGAGCUCCUCGGGGAGGCCAAGAGGCUGCUGGCAUGGGUGAUGACUCCCGAGGCCAUCUGCAUCGUGGCCGCCAGGCACGACGCGCGUCAGAUGCAGCACAAGUUCGGGUUCAACCUGGUCACCGAAUACUUCGACAAGCAGCAGCACACGGACCUCCCGAGCUUCGCGUCGCGGUUGCUUGAGGACAGCGCAAUGUGGUGCGACAGCAUGGGCGCGCAGGUGAUGAUCAUGACGUACAGCCCUCUGCGCGGGGCCGUGCGAGCACAGCUGGGGACGGCGGUGCCAGGCUCCAACUGCUCGGAGGUGUCGCUGCACGAGUUCUCGUCCAGCCAGGACGUUGAGAAGGCGGUCCGCCGCUUCUACUCAGGGGGAGCAAGCAGAAGCGCCGCGGCUGGAGGCAAGCAUUUCCUGCUCAUACACGCCGACCCGGUCGCAACCUCGCUCCGCAUGAUCGAGCAUUGCCGAUUCGUGUGCGACAAAGCGCGGACAGUGUUCUUCCAGGACAGUGGCAGCAAGGGACCCGCCAUCUCCUUGUUCGUGUUGCUUGUCGUCCACCUGCGGCGCGGCCAUGGCGUCCCCUUCUCGUUCGACUUCGACUCGCAGUGGUCUUGGUUGCGCCCGCCCUUUGAGGAUCUCGACGGCAUGCCCGCGCUGAGAGACAUGCUGGGCAAGCCGCUGCUGCAGGUGGUCCCGUCCACGAAGUAUAACUUUCGAACCAAGAUUGCUACGGCGAUGUUGAUCUCAGAUGCCGUGGCCAACCACGUCUUUGCCGCUGUGGGUAACCACGCCUUCGGUUACGCAAUCAACGGAGUGAAGUUUUCGGUCGAGUACUGGAUUGGGCGCUGCGGCGACGAUGAUAUGAUGAACUCCUAUUUCCGGUCCGUGUUGAUAGUGUGGGCGCUGACCAGCGGUUCGACCGGUCUGACCUUCCAUGCGUUAUGGGCAAAAGGAUUUCGAGCUAUCGUGCGGAGCAAGGUGGUGCGCGGCCUCGACUUUGAGCGGCUGCUGCGCGGUUGCUUCCGGGGGUCCCUCUCGCGCCUCGUCUACCCGCACAGCCGCGGCCCGGAGGACCUGCAGGGCCAGAUCGGAUUGCUGCUGCGCUGUCUUGCGGACAAGGAGUUCAUCUCGAGGACCACCCCGAAGAACCCCAGCAGUGCGGCUGAGGGCACCGUCGGCCACGACCAAGCAUGGUUUGCGGCCGUGGCAGCGGCCACCCACGGCCUGGCGUUGGCUGGCACGCUGCGCAACGCACUGCACGGCAGGGUCGUCAGCCUGGUCUCUUCCUUGCUCGCAGUAAUGCUGGCACACCUCGACAGGAACGGCGGGCUUGCCCUCCUGGAGCAGAAGCACACGCGGCCCCUGUGGCUGAGCCUCGCCGCGGCCUCCCUGGGCUCCCCGCUGAGCGCCCAGCUCGGCAUCCGGGCAGUCCAGGCACUGAGCGAGCCCGCCACCGCGCAGCACGAGGUGGGAACCGACGCGAAGACCGGCGCCAGGCCUUUCGAGGCCCGGUUUCCUUCCAGCUGGUUCGUCUCCCGGAGCGUCGACGGCGCGCGCCACAUCGUCGAUUCGCUGCCGCCCCAGGAGCAGCUGCCCGCCCUCCUGUCGCAGUACAAGCUGAGCCAGCUCCACGAGGCUGGCCUGCAGCCCGUCGUGGGGGAGGCGCUGCUGAGCAGCUACAUCGGAGAUUUCGCGGCCAUGAACCUGCACUGGACGGAGCGUGUUGACCGCAGCACGCAGCAGCGCGUCUUGACGAAGGCUCUCCAGCGGUUCCUGAUGCAUGAGCAGGGGCGGCAGAAGUUGGACUCCAUCCUCCAGGUCCACCAGGUGUUCUGGAGCAGGGAGCGGCAGAUCGAUUUCGUCAUGCAGCUCUUGAACGCAGUGCCUACCGCAGUGGCAGCGACGGAGAAGCUCAUCGAGGCAGCCGACCUCAACACGUUCAACCUCGACAUCUUACUCCUAGCACACACCACCUUGAUUGACGAACUCAGAUCGCCAGGUCCUGCUGGAGCUGGAGGCGCCGACGAGACCAAACAGAUCUACCGCAAUUGGCUGGAGCGGAAGAUGGUAGUUGCCAGUUUGAGGAAGGAUGUCUUGCAGCAGCAGCAGGCGAAUGGGAAGCUAGACGCCCUCGCACAGUUGAAAACAGAUAAAGAACCGCGCUUGGAGACGCUAGCGCUCGUUCUCCAGCACGUGGCAAUACCUUUUAAGUUGCCGCUUCAGCUCGUGAAGCAAUUCCUCCUGGAGCUGCCCGACCGGAAGGUCCGACAGUCUGCGUCCCUGCUGGCCAUCUUGCAGAUGGCACAGCGCGUCUCCGGCAGUGAGUUCCCAGGUGCCCUCUGCGAGGACUGGCUGUUGGACGUGUGCCUGCGGGACACGGAGGCCAGGGAGGAUCUGGAUGAUGGGUGCCUCGGGUUGGCGUGCGCGCUCGCAGCGGGCCUGCCUGUCACCGUGAACCCCAGGGCGCCAGGCGGCGUGUCCGCGGGCGACGUAGGGUCGUGGAACGAGCAGCAGGAGCCAGGCAUCGAUCUAGGCAUCGCGACGCUCCCCGGCAGGGCGGGCGCCGUCCCGCGGUCCUCUUGCUUCAGCCUCGCGCUGAUGCGGAAGCUGCUGCUCGGGGCGCCCGGGGGGCGGGCUCGGCAGCGCGCCGCGGCCGCGAUCGAGGGCCUCCUGAGGGAGGUCGAGGCGAAGGAGGGGCACUGCGACACCGCCCUCGCUGCGAGGUACGCCGCGUGUUUGGAGGAGGAGUCUGCCGCUGCCCUCUCGCAGGCCAAGGGCCCGCAGGAAUGGCCAGAGCUGACGCUGCAGGGCGUCUUCGCGCAAGGGGAGGGUGCCUCGUUGGCCCACAGGCUACAGGACAUCGGCAGGAUCCGGUGGAUGCUCGCCAGGUGCUCGAGGCUGCUGUGCCAGAGCCCCGUGGACAAGGAGGCGUACGAGCUCUGCAUGGCCAGGGUCGACGGGCUCCUGCACACCUCGGACAGGGACCUCGUGCCGGUCAGCCGGUCGAUGCGGCUGUACCUCCUGAAGUGCAUCGAGCGCGCCCGGGGGGUGUCGUUCGCCCGGGGCCUGCUCGCGGAGCCGCCGCUGGGCGAGGCGAACUGGGUGCACAAGUGGCGGGGCGCGCACGACAUCGACUUCGAGAAGUUCAUCGGGGCCGCGCUGGUGCCGAAGUGGAACCCCUUCAUCGGGGAGGACGGCAGCGAGGAGUACAAGACCGCGAAGGGCGCGCUCACGGAGAUGAUGAUCUCGCACUCGAUCGAGAAGCUGGAGAGACUGGCGCGCGAGAUAGGCGCGCACCCCGAGGAGCAGCGCAAGCGUGACCUCGGCGGCCUCCUGCUGGCCCUCUGCCAGGGGCCAGGUCUCCACUCGGCGCUGGAGAGCCCCGGCAGGCACUCCCCCUGGCGGAAGAAGCUGAACGCGUGGCUGGCAGAGACCACGGACCUCGCUGUGAGCACGCAGGAGCGGAUCCUGCUGCGGAUCUUCGCGGGCGACGACGCCCCCCUCAGGAGCUGCGCCAGUGCCGACCAGGAGUCGCUCGCGCCCUUUGCCGUCUCGGGCGGCCGCUCGAUGGACGACCUGCUGCGGUGGCGAUGGCUGGCGCACCUCGCCAGCGCCUGCAUCUCGGCGCCGCCGACGUCGCUGCUUGCGGCGCUCACGACGAUCAUGCUGUCUCCAAGGUGCGUCGCAUCAGCCGACGGGGGAGCCGUUUAUUUGCCAGGUAUGGACGAGGACAUCCGGAAAUCGGUCAUGAAGGCUCUACUGGACAGGGGAGAGAGCAUUUGGCGGUUCAAGUCUCACUGGUACAAGUGUGCCUGCGGGUACAGCUUCUUCAUCGGCGAGUGCGGGAGGCCCAUGGAGGUGGCGGAGUGCCCUGGCUGCCGGGCUCACAUAGGCGGUCAGGACCACCACAAGACCAAGAACACGAGCGAGGACGACGAGGCCGACCGCUCGCCCGCGGGCUACGUGCUGCCCCCCGCCGAGAAGGACGAGAAGAGCGUCUGCUUCCGGGAGGUCCCCGUGGGCUCUGCCCGCGCCGUGCGGCUGCUGCUCCACGGGUUCUGCGGGGUGGCGUGCCACCUCGGCGGCAAGAGCGGCCGGAUCUACCAGCACCUGGUGAACCCAGACUCCAUGUGCCCGAUGAAGGAGGGCGGCGAGUCGGAGGCCAAGUUCCUGGGGGACCAUUUCAGGAACGACUGGGAGCAGAUGGCGACGAACCUCAGCAUGGCGCUGCACAUGCUCCUCCAGAGCAUGGCCGCCCAGGCCGUCGACGCGCCCGUGGCGAGGAGCGGUGGCGCGGCGAGCUCCACCGCCGGCCGGCCCGGGGGCGCCACCCGCUGGGACAGGUUCGACAUGGAGAGGCGGGACAGCUGGGAGGCCACGCUGGAGAGCGCAUACCUCGCGGACAUGGUCAGGAGCCACGGCGACCGCACGCGGGAGCUGCACCAGCGCUGGGGCGGCGCAGCGGAGGACGGCCGGUUCGUGGCGGAGCUGAUGGAGACGGUGGACGUGCGGGACUUCUCGAAGGCGCUGAGGCGCAGCAGCAUGCCGCAGCUCUGGUCCUUCCGGGAGCCCGUCACGCUGGCCUCGCUGGGCACACACGUCGGGGUGGAGGCCAACGCCAAGGACUCGCUGCCCGUGCUGUGCGCGGUCCUGCAGCAGCCCCUCGGCAGAGUGCUGCCAGCGCUCGGCUGCCUCGUGGGGAUCUUCGAGUGGCACGCCCUCGUCGCGAGCCACUUCAGCGGGCGCAUCACCCGCACUCAGGCGGGCCAGAUGGUGGUCGGAGAGGUGAUCGAGGGCCUGCCGUCUGCCCUGAGGGUCAGGUGGCAGCGCGCCUUCAGACGCCUGGAGCUGGCCUGGCGCAUUGCUUGGCCGAGCGUGCAGCGGCACGAGUGCCUUGAGAUCCCAGAGCAUUUGAGGAACGUGAAGCUUGGAUUGCACUCGUCGAUGGUGUAUUGCAUCGCCGACGAGAAGAACGAGGGCAUUUGCCCGCUGGCGCUGACCCAGUGGCUGGUGGAGAGGCACAACGAGCUCGUGCAGAUCGUGGGCAACGCGACGGGCUAUCCUGGGAAGAAGGUGUCCUCCAGGAUGUUGGCCCUCCACGACGUGGUCGUGUACAGCGAGGAGGAGCUGAUGAGAUUCGUGCGGAGCCGCUGCGUCACCUACAGCGGUGGCGGCAAGCUGAAGUUCGACUUCUCGCAGGUUGAGCGACACCUGCGGCAGGAGCUGGCGCGGCCCGCCCUGGAGAUGGAGAUGCGGGCGUUCGGCUGGCUGGGCGAGUCCUUGGCCGUCAGCGGCGAGCUGAGGGCCACGAUCGCCCAGCGCGGGCUGAGCCACGCGGUGGAGGAGCGUAUCCGCAGCGAGCUGACGUCGCCCGCCAUGGCAGGCCUGGUGCUGCAGAAGGUGCAGAUGACCGUGUCGUUCCUGCUCAAGUGUGGCGGCUCGCUGCGGGGCGACGCGGGCGAGAUGCUGCUGGGCGAGUACAUGCGCAGCGUGCUGUCGGAGGACGCGGCCGUGGGCCUGCCGUCGGCCGCCCUGCGCUCGGAGGUGCGCCUUUGCCACGUGGACGCCCUGGCCUCGCUGCUGAAGGGCGUCCUGAACAAGGACCCCAUGGAGGGCGUCGACCCGAGGUACCGCGCCGAGCUGCCCCCCGCGCUCGAGGCCGAGCUGGUGGCCGCGAGGCCCCGGCUGCCCGCGGCGCUGGCGCCGCUCCUGGCGCGCUUCGCGGAGGGCCACCUCGCCGACGCGAGCCUGAGCGGCACGGCCAGCAUGCUGGACAUGUUCGCCGCCAUGGAGGAGCUGAUC